AUGUCGUCGGUGGCCGUUCGGAUGGCCGUCUCGCGGUGCCUGUUCGCCCGCACCCUGCGGCUCUCUCUAACCCUCUGCGGCUGGCUGACGCUCUCGGCGCUGUACGAGCGGCGCGCGUCGCUGCCGGCCCGUCUGCUGCGGCUGGUCCCGGGCGCCCUGCUGGCGGUCACCCUGCUGGGCGCCGCCCUGCUGCCGCUGGAGCGACUCAGCCUGCUGCUCUGGAGUGAGGCCGUCUCCGAACACGGCUACAUUCUGCAGGCGCUGCUCGUGCUGCUCAUGCUGCGCCGGAACAGCGAUCUGGAGGCGAUCUCGCUGGGCCUGGAGUCGCUGUACGGCCGUGUGCGGGUGCCGCGGCGCCCGGACCGUCGCCGCCUGCUGCUGCAGUGCUCCCUGAUCGUGCUGCUGUCCGCUGCUGUGCUCGUGCUGUGGCUCUGCUUUGUGCUGGUGCCCGGGGAGUACCGUCACCCCAGAUACCUGGCAGUGGUGUAUGUGCCCGAGGGGCUGCGAAACCCGACCGGCUACUGGUGCAUCUUCGGAUUCCAGGUUAUCGUGGUGAUUUUCACUUGCUGCUUGACAGCAACAUUCGACGUGUGCCUUUUCAUUUGGCUGAGUGCGAUCAGCUUCCAUCUGACCGUGCUUCGAGAGCAGCUGGACCCCUCGUCUGGCGGGACCGUCACUCGGACCAGCCUGACCUGCAAGGUGCACACUGAACCUGACCUUGACCUUGACCUUGACCUUUCCACCGAGGUUGGAGGUGACGCAAAGAACAAAGCGUCACAGUUGGCCGAUGGGACGCUGUUUAACCUGACUCUUCUGCGCUCUAAUCGACAAGUCUCUCCCAAUCAAGAUGAGAAGCGAGGCCGUGAGAAAAGAGUCACGAAGAACUGGGGUCAGCGUGUCAAGAUGGCGGCGCCCGGUGUGGUGACGUCACAGUCGGUCGGAGACGGCCCAAUGAGCGACGGCGAAAGGCUGGCGGCAGCGGAGGAGUACUACAGCGACAUUCGCCGGCUGUUAGCCCGGCUGAACGGCCUGUGUGGACUGCCGCUGUUCGGCUGCUACGCCGCGUCGCUGAUCAACAUCGUCACCAGUGCCUACGCCAGCGUCGUGCUUUCGAAUGUUUCGGCGUUCGAUGACCUCGGAGCCCACACGAAGGUGGCGUCUUACACGGUUUAUAUCAUACUGUUUCUCUGGCGUGUGAUCGCCUAUUCGGUCUACGGCUCAGACAUUACGGAAAAGAAUGCAGCGCUGGCGGAAACGCUCACGACGAUGGAUUGGAGCGUCGUGUCUAAAGCAGACAGGCGUCAGAAGAAGGCUUUCUUACAGAUCGUCAAGCUUCCAUUCAAUGUCACGGCAAUGGGGUUUUUCAUAAUUGAGAAAAGCAACAUUCUUGCGGUUUUCGGAUUUAUUAUGACGUACUUCAUUAUCCUACUGCAGAUGGGAGAGCACCCUCAAUCAGAUACUGUGGGCACAUCUUCCAAUGUGACCGUUUAAUUCUCUUCGCAGCCCACAUGGUAUCAUCUACGAGACAUAGGCGGUGACCGCUUUGACAACACAACCCAUAAUCAUGUUUGUCCUACACCCAAAUAAAUACGGUCGAAUGUG